UCUAAUUAAUACAAUACUCUCUCUCUCUCUCUCUGCAAUUGUGCAUAUUCACCAUGGAAGCAACUCAUCCUCUUGCCAUAGAAAGCUUCUCCUAUAGCUGGUUGUUGAACGCGAGACGACCUUCUCUCGAUGGCCUCUCAGAUUCCGAUUCCGAUUCCGAAUCCACACACCAAGACCAAGACAUAACCUUUGUGGUGCUUCAUUCGAUGAGAUUCUCAGAAGCAGAUGAAGCCAAAAAUUUCAGGUUUGAUAUUAAUGAUUCGGAGUGUGGUCUAGUACACGCCGAUGAAAUUUUCUCGGACGGACACAUCAUGCCCCUGUAUCUCGACCGUCCAAAGCCGCUGGUGGAAGAAGAAUCCCUGAAACAAGCUUUCAAUAAUUCAUCAUCAGUUUCAUCAGCACCUGCCACGCCUGCUAAUUUCUCGCUUUCUGUCAGGGGCAAGAAGGAGCCUCAAGAUUAUAUCAUCCAGAAAUGGAAGAAAUUACUAGGAACCAGAAUCCUUCGAAAGUGGUUUGGGUUCCUCAGACCGGUGUGCAAAAGGUUAGGGGGAUCAAGAAAGAGUUGUGCCAAAGUUGAUGAUCUGAACAGAAAGGCCAGGGAGGUUCAGAGAUGGAGCAAUUAUUGUAAAGCUGAUCCCAGAAAGACCAAAAGCUGUAGCAAUACACCACAAGAGUCUCCCUUGCACUACACUACUACUGCAUACAACUCACCAGAUGUGUGGCGUGAUAUGGCUGCUCAAACUUCCAUUACUGAAGCAAUUAUCCACUGUAGAAAAUCAUUUGGCAUGUUAGAUACUACUUAAGUUAUAUUACUUCAUCUUCAACGCUACAGCUUUGGCAUGUUGUAAUAUGAUAAAUCUUUCUUUUUAUUUAUUAUUUCUUUUCUAUAAAUAUUCCUUGGGAAAA